UGUUUGAGGUAGCAGAGUAGCACGUGUGAUGCGUCGCAGCCGCGACAGGCAGCGCGGGCGGAUGGCAGGGUGAGGGGUGCGCAGUCGUGUGCAGUGGACCACUCGUCGUCGCACAAGGUCAAGGAGAAUGAUUAACAACGAAAAUACAGCAAAACAAACGGUGGAGCGGGGAAAGGGGGGUCGCGGCGCGGCAGUCAGAGCAGCGGCGCCGCUGGCAUCCGUCGCGUGUCCGGCGCCUUACGCGACGCAUUCGAAAAUCGAUGUACGAUCCGCAACCGGCAUUGUUGGACACUAGUCAUACAUCGUAAUUUUGAUCCAGUCUUGAUGACCUACGUCACGGCGACUCCAUGCGCCCUCGCCACUUUUGUUGAAAAUGCAAUCUUGGCCUCAACUGCAGACUAGUUUCGUGUGUUCAUGUGUCGCCGGUUCGUAAAGUAUCAACAAGUAGUGUUGCGGUGGUGAACUUGAGUAGCUGUGUAGAGUAGAGCGAGUAUAGUGCAGUGAUGUGAGGAUGUUAGUGCGUGGCCAUGUCGAGCGUGGCGAAGAAAGACAAGCCGACGAUGUCGGUGACUGCGCUGAUCAACUGGGCGCGGCCGGGGCCGCCGGGGCCGCAGCAGCCGCCGCCCGCGUCUCCGGCCCCCACCACCAACAUGCUGCAGACUUUUGGCACUCCUUCCAGCAUACCCAACGUUGACUGCUCGAUCGACAUGCAAUGGCUAAACAUAGAGGCGGGGUUCAUGUCGCCGAUGUCGCCGCCGGAGAUGAAGCCGGACACUGCCAUGCUGGACGGCAUGCGAGACGACGCCACGUCCCCGCCAGCCAUGAGGAACUACCCGCCGAAUCAUCCCCUUAGCGGCUCCAAGCACCUCUGUUCUAUUUGCGGCGACAGAGCGUCAGGGAAGCAUUACGGAGUUUAUAGUUGCGAAGGUUGCAAGGGUUUCUUCAAACGGACGGUGAGAAAAGAUCUAACAUACGCGUGUCGUGAAGAGAGAAACUGCAUCAUCGACAAGCGGCAACGGAACCGAUGUCAGUACUGUCGAUACCAGAAGUGCCUCGCGUGCGGCAUGAAGCGCGAGGCCGUGCAAGAGGAGAGGCAGAGGGCGGCCCGAGGCGCUGAAGACGCGCAUCCGAGCAGUUCUGUUCAGGAGCUAUCAAUCGAGCGGCUGCUGGAGAUGGAGUCGCUUGUGGCGGACCCCACCGAGGAGUUCCAGUUCCUGCGCGUGGGGCCCGACAGCAACGUGCCGGCGCGGUACCGCGCGCCCGUCUCCAGCCUGUGUCAAAUAGGUAACAAGCAGAUAGCCGCGCUGGUGGUGUGGGCGCGCGACAUCCCACAUUUCAGCCAGUUGGAGCUGGAUGACCAGGUGCUGCUCAUCAAGGCGUCGUGGAACGAACUGCUACUUUUCGCCAUCGCCUGGCGGUCUAUGGAGUACCUAGAAGAUGAGCGAGAAAACAUGGAUGGUACGAGAAGUGCCGCGCCGCCACAGCUCAUGUGCCUAAUGCCUGGCAUGACCCUGCACCGCAACUCGGCGCUGCAGGCGGGCGUGGGGCAGAUCUUCGACCGCGUGCUGUCAGAGCUGUCGCUCAAGAUGCGCGCGCUGCGCAUGGACCAGGCUGAGUACGUCGCGCUCAAGGCCAUCGUGCUGCUCAACCCGGACAUUAAAGGGCUGAAAAAUCGUCCAGACGUCGAUGUUUUAAGAGAAAAGAUAUUCUCGUGCCUGGACGAAUACUGUCGACGAGCACAUAGUUCCGAAGAAGGCAGAUUCGCGUCUCUUCUUCUAAGGCUACCAGCUCUCCGUUCCAUAUCCCUCAAGAGUUUCGAGCACCUAUUUUUCUUCCACCUGAUUGCGGAAGGCAACAUCGGCAACUACAUACGAGAAGCGUUGCGUAACCACGCGCCACCCAUCGAUACUAGUACCAUGAUGUAAGACCCUUAAUCCGGCUCCGAAGGACCAACUUCAAGUUUGUAAACUCCGUAAGUAGCUCGCAUCACUAUUUCGAAGACUUGGAUCGCCGUACCAUAUGCUCAAAAGCUUUUACCGCCAAUUAUACGAGAGGCGGUGUAUGAUUCAACAAGGGAGCUCUUUAAUCCGGCUCCUAAAGACCACCUUCAAGGUCUUUUUAAAGCUUGGGUUCAACUCGAAUCUCGCGCGGGAUGAGGGACGCGAAUCGCGAAUUAUAUUGCAUGCGACUACUUUUGCCUAGAUACAGAAAAUUUCGAGAUGGAGAUUUGAGGUGGUAUUUAUAUCAUUAGUGGGGAAAUAAAAGGACACAACUCCAAGAACGAUAUAUAAACACAAACAAUAAACCACGAGAAAUGCAUCUAAAGAGGAGUGUAUUCAGAGCACGUUUCACAGGAUAAACAGCAGAAAAAUAUAAUCUUUUCACUAUAUACAAGGGAGAUAUUGUCAUCCAAUAUUUGUUAUGUUAUAAACAAAUAAAAUAUUACUUCCAAAUCAGCUAGCGUUGCAUUAUUGUUUUUAGGAAUAGCCUGAAGACCAAAAUUGGUUUGUCACAAAGAAAAGUACUGUAAUUCUAAAAUGUUUUUUUUUUAUCCCAGUGUUGACAAACCCAGUGAGCUUGUGUGAAUUUUUUUUAAUUGAAUUAGAGAAAGUACCUCUUUUGAUAGGACUCCUAUUUUAUCUUCAAGAAGAGAACUUAAGUAACGCAAUAUAUAAGUCUGGAGCUGAAGAAAUACUGUUUGUUCACUUUAGUUCGAGUUAUCUGUCAAUUUGUAUGGCGAUUCAGAGCUUUAUAAAUGAUUCUUCAAUGCUGGUCAUUCUCUCGUGAGUUGUUCUUAGGGAAAAAAUUUGACGGAGCCCUAUGUAGGGUUUAAUAAAAUUAGUCGAUUAAGUUAAAUAUUAUUCUAUUUAGUAACAAAGACUAUACUUUUAUUAUUAUUUUUAUAUUUUUACUAAUGUAAGGUAUAAUAGCAAUUAUUAUUAUGAUUGUUAAUGUGUAUAGAUGUACAUUCAUCGUGACCUGAAGUGAUAAAUGCUAAGGAAUUGUGCCUACACUAAUGUGCACUAUUUGGAAUUACAAUCUUUAAAAUAUCACAAUUUUAAAUCAUACUUAUCAGUACAGAAUUAUAAUAAAUGAAAUGGGCGAAAUUUUCCAGAAAAAUAAUAUAUCCCUGGUGUAUAUUUUAAAAUACGGGAUGAAUUUUUUUAAGAAUCAAAAUAGACUAGAAACUAUAUAAUACCAUAAAGAAUGAAAUAUAAUAUUUAAGGCAUUAAUAAUUCAAUUUGCUUGAAAUUGGGUUUUAAGAAAUUUCUGACAAAACAAAUCAAAUCUAUCAAUUAUGUUAUUCAAAAGUUAUAUUCAUGUGUUAAGAUUAGGUAUUCAAUAAUUAAUUUCAUUUUUAAUUCCAUCAUUCCAUGUAGGAUUUUAUCACUGUAAAUUUUAUAGUAUAAACAUAAAAUAUUGUGUUGUUGAAUUAAAAUACAUAAUUCUAGCGAAGUUAUGAUUAUUUUAACAACAGUCCAUAUUACAAAUCCAGAGUACCUAUGAAAUAAAUUGUUUUUGGGUUUUCAGUAGGAAUCGUAGAGGUUACCAUUGUACAUCAUUAUAUUAUUUGAUCCCUGGACUAAAGUUGCUGGCGAAUUAUUGUGUCCAUUGUCCACUGUUCAGGUUGAAAAAAAAACAUUCGAUGAGUAGGUACAAAGUACACAAAAUGUGUAAAUAAUCGGUGUAAUCAAUCAAUAAGUGAUGCUAAAUAUUAUAAUUGGAGGCCGCCUCUUCUUAUUUUAAAAAAAAAAAAAGUAACUUUAACACGAUCGAUCGAUAAAAUGAAACUAUUCAUAGGAAAUUAUAAAUUCUAUUAGAUGUUCGUAGCAUAUACCUAUCUAAUAUAAAGCGUUAGUAGUAUAGAUGAUAAAAUGUUCUACCAAAUCUUUAUUAAAUGCUAAAAUUGUUGAUGUUAAUCUUUUAAACGGCUCACAGCUGUCGGCAGGACGUGUUUAAACGUUGUUGCUGUCUUAAAAUUAUCUAAAGAAAAAUUAUUAUCUUUUGAAAAUCGGGUCACCAUUAAAAAUAAAAAGUCCUUAAGGACCACUAGCCCAUGGCGAUCCAAUUUGCCAACACGUGACAUUUUUGGACGAAAUCGGAAGAGGAGGCAGUCGUGACUGUGUAGCCAUGUUCUGCAUCGCAACUGUAUUACUACAACAAUUUGUAUUGCUAUAGAGGCGAUACAGAGUUAUGGUUCCGUGGUCAAGGUAGAGUUAUGGUUCCAUGGUCAAGACGACCGGCGACAGCAUCGCGGCCUUUUUGCGCCGAUAUAGUCGCAAAAUAUCGCCAUGGGCCGUUGCCCUAAGUGCCAUAACACACUAGCGCGGCACGUCGCGCGCGUUUUAUUUUCGAUAUAAACUUUUGGUGCAAUCGGCAUUGUCACGGAACCACAGACCAGUUAAUCCAGAGCACUGCACGAUUGCGAUGUCGCGUGCGGCUCGUCUCUUGAUUGAAAAGAUGGGCGCGACGCAUUUUUAUAUGGUGUUUAAUGCUUUAAAAGCACGACAAUUUCGUAAUAAAACAAUAGCUCUCCGACCUCCAUUUUGACACUGUUUUUAGGGUUCCGUAGCCAAAUGGCAAAAAACGCAACCCUUAUGGAUUCGUCAUGUCUGUCUGUCCGUCCGUAUGUCACAGCCACUUUUUUCCGAAACUAUAAGAACUAUACUGUU